AUGGAGUUGCUGCGCCCGCGAGGGGCUGCAGCCCCUGCUGCAGCUGGCGGGCCUCCGGCAACUCGUCCGCUGAGACGAAGCGGCACGAAGAGGCGUAUGUUAAUUCCUAUUCAGAAGUCCAGCUCAAACACGGCACAUCCAGGAGCUGAGGAUCUUGUCAGUCUCAAAGAUAUUGAAUGCGGCGGCGGAGAAGCUCCCAGCGGAGAUGAAACCACUCCCAGAAGGCUCCCGCAAACAUUGCAAGACACUGCGGCCAACCGACUCGCAGUGGCAAAUUUGGCGCUCAACCGUGGCAUUCAAUGUGAACGCGGUUCGAGCCAAGACACAAUUGUGGAACUGGGCUCUUCAAGGGGCCCUGCAGUUGCCGAAAUGUUGCCUUCGGCGCAAAGGCGCAUCUUCUAUUCUAUCCUCACUCACGGAGCAGAGGAUGCCAGGUCUGGCAAUCGAGGCCGGCCCGAGGGGUCCCGCAGCAAUGAGAUGGCGGAGGCCGGAGGUGUGGCGGAGGGAGAGGAGAAUCCGAACAGCAAGCGGAAAGACAAUCCGGAUGUAAAAGCGUCCCAUGUCAUUCUCGCAGCUCAGAACAAAGGGUCCCGAGAAAGCCUCACAUUGUGUCCAUUGCGCUACACGGACAAAUCGAUGGAGAAAGAGUUUGCCUAUAACCAAGAAAGGACAGCGCGGUUUCGCAAUGUUUUGGCGGGCCUGUUCGCGUCUUUUCUCGUUGUAGUCGACAUUAUAUUGUAUACAAUGGCGUGGCACGCGGGGGUUUUCGCACAUGAUGUGUUUGUAUUUCGGUCCUCCAUAACAUUUUUUGUGUGCUGCACAAUUUUCUGUUUGUCCUACGCCUUUUCCUACCGCAUUCCGUAUGUUAAGGGGUAUCUGGAGUAUACAUCCUACUUCAUUGCAACUUCUGCUGUAGUAGUGCACUGCGUGCUCGUUCUAUGGUGGAAAUCUUCACUGUACACACAAGAAAAUUUCGUCAAGUUUGCUCCCUCCGUAAGCGAGCUGUUCGGCAUGAGCUUCGACUCCGAGGAUCCUCCAGAUAAGAAAGAUUCUUCCGUUUACCAUUUUGUUGUGCUCUUUAACGAGCUCUUCAUGGGAAUAUCGUUUCAAUCCACCAUUCUUAUCAUUUAUGUCCUGUUUGAUGUCCUAUCGCCUACGCGCUUCUUCAUUGUAUCAAGGAUCCAGGGACUGAACACAAUACUUGGAACGAUUCCCUUCAUUUACGGCGCGACCCAGCUCCCAGAAACACUUCUUCCUAACACAGCGACGAUAGUGUGCAUCUGCACAAUAUCAGCUGCAGGGUUUGUAGGCUCGUACCCAAUGGAACUGCGAAGGCGAGGUCUCUUUUUCGAAUGGCUGUCGAUGAAACGUGCUGUUGCCAACCUCUUGAACAUUAGGAGGAGGGCGCAGAAGGCGGCAGGCAGCAGCAGCGCCCUUGAUGAUAUUCGCUCCAACUUGAACCAGGCUUUGGAAAUCUUGACUGACAUGAAAGCAAAUUCUGGCAAAUUCGACGUAGCAGCAGGAGUCUCCCAAGCACUCACCCUUGUUCAAGAGAGCCUAUUUAUCUUUUCAACUUGCAAGAAUCUUUAUAUUACCAAUGUUGACGAGGAUCUGAAAGAUGAGAGCUUUAUCAAGGCGUUUAACAUCGGAGGGUCUCAGGCGCGGAAUUUGCUGAAUGCCGAAAGCGCCAUCUCUAGCACUGUUGGGGGGAACAGUAGAGUAGGAGGAAAAUUUGGCCAAGGUUUGUACACAAUACACAAAGAACUAAUUGGGUAG